AUGCACUUACUGGCAAAAACAAAUUGCGAUUUCGAUAAUCAAAUAACAGUGCAAUCAACUCCAUAUAGUGAUAAUUUAUCCAAAAUAAUUGAUGAGCAAUGUAAUAACGAUCAUGAAAAUAUUAAUCCAUCUUUAGCUGUGACAAAUUUUUCUGAAACUGAACAAAACAUGCCAAAGGUUGAAUACAACAAAGAAAAUUCGCCUACUAAACUGAAUGAAACGUUAGAAGUUAAAUCUGAUAUGUUAGGAGUACAUAAGCGUUCUCGAGAACAUAUUCUUACUUCAGAAAAUCCUGAGCAUACGUUGGAAAACACCGCCUCACAGGUCGAUAAUGAUAUUAAUUUGCCUGUUCCGAAAAGUGACGUAACUGGCCUUACUCCUAGAUUCAAAGUCACCAGAUUUAAUUCUAUAAAACAUAAUGUACGGAGACGAAGA